UGCAGAAGCUUUUCUCAUUAACUGUUCCAUCUGACGUCACAGCUGACAAACACAAACCUGAAGGUAAACGCUGCUUCACCGGGACCUUUGACGUCUUCACUAAUGACGGACAGCUUCGUGAACAGUCCUUAAAGCCCAACUCCGUGGUGCUGAGACCCAGGAUGACCCGCUGGACUCUUCUGGCUCCCCUCCUGCUGGGCCUGUUCAUUCACAGUGCUGCCAGUCAGGAGGCCGAGGGUUCGGCCACACCACCACCGCCCGGGCCGGUCUCCGAUGGCCUGCAGGAGGACGAGGAGUGGGGCCUGAACUCCAUCAGAGGCAGCUUUGAAGCUGUUAGCGGCUACUUUGAUUCAAUGCUGGAGUUCAUGGGCGGACGCGAUGGAUUGUGCCAAUACCGCUGUAGAUACGGCAAAGCUCCUCUUCCUCGUUCUGGCUACCAGAUGCCAGAACCUGACGGAUGCAGCUCCUACUUCUUUGGACUUCCUGUUCCAGAAGGGAUGGACGUGGGCAUCCCUGCCAUGACCAAGUGCUGCAAUCAGCUGGACAUAUGCUACGACACCUGCGGUUCUAACAAGUACCGCUGCGACUCCAAGUUCCGCUGGUGUCUGCACAGCAUCUGUUCUGACCUCAAGAAGAGUCUUGGCUUCGUGUCAAAAGUUGAAGCAUGUGAAUCAGUAGCAGACACGUUGUUCAACACCGUCUGGACUCUGGGCUGCAGACCCUACAUGAACAGCCAGAGGGCAGCGUGCUACUGCCAAGGCGAGGAGAAGGAUGAACUCUAAAGUAGAUGGAAGACGAUUGACUCCUAUUUAUAGAACCAUGUCAGCAGCUACCGGAUGCUGCUGCUCUCAGUUCCAGAGGUGCAGGUCCUGCUGCGUGACUUUGUGUAGGUUGUGUUCUGCUUUAGCUCAAGGCUAUUAUUUUAUUUUGCAACAAUAAUGUAGACAAUGUUGGUAAAACUACACACAGGUUUGUGUCUCAUGUGGAACAGCCAUUGCCUCUGCGCGUUGCACUGCAGUGUCUUGUAUAUCAUGCUGUGAUUGUGUUGCUGUGUCACACUAAAGCUUAAAUAAAUAUUACUGAGCCUGACGGUUUAA